AUGGGACGCAAAAACCGCAUUCAUACUCGCUAUGCCACGAGAACUGUUGUCAAAGGGGUCAUACCCCUAGUGACGGUAUUACGCUCCAACGGCGGUAGGCCAGAUAUCCGAUAUGAGCGGAUAUGUGAAAUUAGGGAUUGUACUACUGGGGAGGUACUCGCUGGUCCCUACUCUCGCGCCGAUGUGAUCAAUGGGGUUCCCGAACGCGAUGAAGUUGUCAAUGGGGCUUCCGGACAACUUCGAGGAGAGGGUGUCGCCGAAAACACUGCACCCGCAACUACAGCUACUGCCGUGGGACGUAGGAAGAAACCUGGCCGUGGACGCCGUGCAGCGAGUAAGGCUGCUGAGCAGCCCGUGUGUGAACAAGGGGACGGUGAUGUUCCACGGCCCACCGCCGGACGCAGCACGAUGGCCGUGGUGACCAUCAUCUCUUCCUCCCCUGUGCGGGAGGCUUGCAGGGUGGUCGGGGUUGGGGGCCAUAUCGCCGCCCCCGCUGCUAUAGCUCUCGCUUCAGCGCCCAAGAAGAGACGUGGCCGCGGACGCUGUCUCAGUGGCAAGGCUGCUGAGCAGCUUGUGGGCGAGAGCGGGGACGGGGAUACUCUGAUGCCCGCCGGACGGAGCAUGGUAGAUGGGGUGCUCAUAAUAUCUUCGUCCCCCGUGCCGGAGGAAAAUACCGCCGAGAACGAGAAUAACAAAAGGAACGAUAUGGCUGAUGCGGUGACCAACACAAAUACCUCCCUGCUAAGUAGGGGCUCCGCACGGCUUGAGAUCCAUGGACAUAGCUUCGAUGUUCUUGCGGAUCGAGUGGAGGGUUUUGAGGCAGUGCCGCAGCAAGUGGUGUGCUCGUAUUGUCCGGUGAUGGAGAAUUGUGGGACUGCGAGGGAUGUGGCUGUUGUUAUGGGUGCAAGGAAGAGAGGUGGCGGGGGUGGUGUUGGUGGUGGGGAGGAGACGGCGGCUGGGGAGGGUGGAGAAGGGGCUACGGAGGGGGAGGGGAGGGGGAGGAAGAGGUUGUGUAGGGAAUCAGAAGAUUGGGAUGAAGGCAGAGGAGAGGUUAGUGAUAAAGAGGAAGGCGGGGUAAUGCGGGGCGGUUGUGAGCGUGGUGGGGGUGGUGAGGAUAGGUGUGGGGGUGGGGGAUGA